AUGUCUCCGGAUGAAUCAAUGCUCGUGAGCAGAAGCGCAGAUGCGGCAGGCUAGGGCAGGCUACAGCCGUGGAACAUCAGGAAGGGCAGCUCGGUCGGUGACCCGUGGAACUUCGGGGCAUGAUGCAAUGAUUCACUCGCAAUGCCCUGGAGAUAGUAAGGGGAUCAGAACAUGGCACCAUGCGACGCUGGAACCCAGAUACUGGCCAACGAUUAGGGACGCAGCGACGCUCAAAGUUGGGUUGUCGUCGUCAUUGUCGUGCUUCGCGACGCGGAAGAAGAACGCUGAGAGUCGCAAUUGAAUGGACAAUCGAUGUAAUCUGGCAACUGCUGGCCCAAAUAAAGUUACCGGAAAACAACGUUGUGCUAUUGGGGAACUUCAAGAAAGGCGAGGUAAAUUCCCCUAUCCAACCUUCAUCUUAUCAGUCAUGCAUGUUGCAUUCGAGCUUCAAGCAGAUUCACUGAAACUCAAAAAGGCUCCUCCUCUUCCUGUCACCCACCGUAAUCCCAAUCUAGCACACUUACAAUCCGCCCCAGCACGUCGUGUUGCAGCAGCAGCCAAGCGCAAACACCGUGAGCAACAGUUGGCGGCAGUUGCAAAUGUCAUAGUGUGUUUGGGCUAUCGUGCCUCCAUUUUCUCGCAUGCUAAAUCUCUAUACUCCCUACCUAAUAUGGAGGUGUGGAAUGUCGCUCAUAUGGAAGGACUUGGUGCUGCCAAACAUCUUAAAUUGACGCUUGGUGUCGGGUUGCUAUCCCCUCAUAUGUCUUUCGAGAAUCAACAAUGGGACCUUGAGGUCUCUGCAGUCGUUGACCGAGUAACUGAAGAGAUGUCAUUAGAAGUGUCGCAUCCGCGAGCACUUCAUGUUCAUGUCUUGUUUGAAUCAGGCUUCACACUUGGUCAAGCGCAAAGUUUGUGUCAAAUGUAUGCGCUUGAUGAAAUUGAAUCUGUGCGUCGUAAUGAGAAUUUGCGAGACCUCUCUACCGGAGACCUAUUAUCAAUGAUCGGUAGAACAUCAUCUAUCUCAGAGCUGGCUUCGUUGAUCAACCCGGUCAUUCAAGAUGAUAACCCUGUCAUCAUCAGGAGCCACCUCUACAAGAUUAAUCUAUCACAAUUGUCCUUCAGGAAGAUUACAUUCAAUCAGCAUCCAUCAGUUCUUCGUGGUAAUGCCAUUGUAAAUUGGGGGCGCUUUGUGUCCGAAUUUGCACAUUCAGCGCUCUCGCCUCAAAGUGUCGAUAUCCUGCGUCUUGAGCCAUCUCUGGAUGUACUCUUUGGCAGCAUCAUACAUGCGGACAGCUUAAGACUGCCUUUGAUCCUCGUCUUGUGUAACAAUCUGCAAGAGUUUCAAGAUAAUCCAUGAUAGUAUCGUGUACUAGCACAUGUCGCUUUCAUGUUGAAGUUC